AUGGAAGGCCUCUUCAGCAAGCACGCGGAGAAGAUCCUCCGUAAAAUCUUUAGAAAAGACCUGCUCGAGCAACUGCCGGCAGAGAUCCUGCUGCGGAUCUGCGAAGUGAUGGGCCCAUGUUGGUACCUGACUGUUCUCGGGGAGACUCAGCGACUGAUGGGAGCUCUGGAGGGGAAGCGGGAGCCCCAGCAAAACUCGCUGAAUUUAGACCAGACCCGAACUGUGUGGAUAUCCCGCAUCACUUACCAUGGAGUGUCGUACGUGUCACGUCUGCGUGACAAACCGCUGAGAUUCACCGAACUGUCCGAUCAAAUUCAACUUCGGAUACCCAGACGGAUCAGCAAGAUCGUCGCGUCCGUCGAUGGCAUUGGCGUCCGUGGAAUAAAGUUUCUGGAACACACAGCCGACGCUCCUCUACUCGAUAAAUCACCAUGGUACGAAGUUCUGCCUGUGCGCGACACAGACCAAAAGAUCUUCGUGAAUAGCAAUAGCCUGUUUAUCAAAAGGAUCCAACUCGAACGCGAGCUUCGUGGAGUGCCCUAUAUCUGGAGCACUCCUUGCCCGCCUACGGUUCCCCUAACGAGCUUUUAUCGUGCCUCAAGAAAAUCGCUCGGCAACGUCCGCGUACAUUAUAUCAAAUUUGAUCCUCACGUACGGGGACUUUUGGCCUGCUGUACACAGUAUGGGCUUGUCGGGAUCCACGGUCUGACAGAUACGUCAACGACAUUCAGAGCGUUCGUUGACUUGAUGUAUCGACGCAGGCCGGAAAGUCACAAGCACUGGAUGUACUUCCCGUUCAAUCCCCAGGAAAGCAUAAUUGCAGCAUGGGUGCGGCGACUCGUUUUUGGUAAUCAUGGGAACUGUCCGCCCUUGCUCCUCACAUCCCGCGGGAGAACCAUCACGUUCGGUCCUCAACUUCCCAGCGAUGUAUACGGACCAUACCGGUACGAGCUGUUGGGCGGGAUUCGCGACGGGCCAAUCUCGGGUAUCUUCCACGACGGACUAAAUCUCGCGCCAAACUUCGAGUUGGACGAAUCCAUCGGCUCCUACUAUAACCAUGACGCGAACUAUAUCAAAGACAUAGGAGUGACAUGUGACAAUGAGUCGAGCGUCGAAGCUCGAAAGACCCUGCCCGCUAAUAUCCACAUGGACCCCCCUACAUUCGCGCCGGACGGAGACAGACUCGCCGGCACCUGGUACAUGACAUCGGCGUCCCUCUGUAACAUCGCGAAGGCGCAGAUCUGCCGCGAUACCGACCAGUCACAUCGUCCAUGUCUUGGUCUCCUGUUGUACUACGACGAUGGGCACAUGGAGGCGAUCGGACAGAUUCGAUGGGACCGCGAUGUCAGUGAGGAGGUCGAUCGGCCUACGUACAUUGUGAACGCCGUUAUUGACGGAAAAAACUAUAUCAAGGAUGUUCUCAAUCGCGUAUACGGAUCGGAGCUCACGAGGGGCGAGAGUACAUGGCAAAAUCUGCCCGCGAGCGGCACAAUCAGGUGGUGGUUCAGUGAGCGUGGGGAUCAAAUCAGAAUAGACUAG